AUGGCGCAGAAGCUUGAGAUCAAGGGCAAGGGCGCCAUCGUCACGGGCGCCGGGUCCGGCAUCAACCUGGCUUUUGCAAAGGCGCUCUACACGGCCGGCUGCAGCGUGCUGAUGAUGGACGUUGCGCUGCACCCGACGGCCAAGGACUGGCUGGCGACGCUGCCAGCACACGCCGCCGCUGGCCAGCCAAAGGUGCAUUUCUUCGAGGCCGACGUGGCCAACUGGGACAGGAUCGAAGAGUCCUUUGUGGUGUUCGACCGCGAAAUCGGCGGCAUCCCCUACAUUGUGUGCCCAGGCGCCGGCAUCUACGAGCCAUCGCACAAUGGCUUCUGGAGCAACACCGACACGGACGGCCACUACCGCCUGCUCGACAUCAACCUGCUCUCGCCCAUCAAGUUCACGCGCUUGGCCAUCACCAAAAUGCUGGCGGCCGGCCAGCCGGGCAUCGUGCUGCACGUGUCCAGCACCGGCGCCCAAAAGGCCAGCAUCAUCACGCCCCUCUACCAGCUGGCCAAGAACGGCAUCAGCUCCUUUGUGCGCUGCAUGGCCGAGCUGCACGGCUACAGCGGCAUCCGCGUCGUCGGCGUCGCCCCGGGCGUCGUCAAGUCCCCCCUGUUCACGGACCACCCAGACGUCCUGCGCUACCUCGACCCCGUCAAGGACCAUCCGCUCGAGCCCGACGCCGUCGCCCGCGGCAUGCUGGCCGUCGCCACGGAUCUCCGGUACCCGCCCGGCACCGUCCUCGAGAUCGCCGACAAGGACGACAACUGGCGCGAGGUGCACAUCCUCCACGACCCCGGCCCGACCGGUGCCGCCUCGUGGUCCAGCCACAAGAACCUCGCGCUCGAGGACGUAAAGGCGGUGAUCGACGGCGAAAAGGGGCCCAAGUAG